GGGUUCCCCGCGGGCGGGCGGGCCGCUCUGACCGCUAUUUAAGGCAGCCCCGCGCCCUGCCCGGCUCAGAGCGCCGCCUCCCAGCAGCAUGCAGGGGCUCAGCGCCUUCCUCCUCCUCCUCCUCCUCCUGCAGCCCGCGGGAGCGCUGCGGGACCCCGGGCCCGGCGGGCGGAGGGCGGCGGCGGCGGCGCUGCAGAACCGCAACUUCCAGCGAGCGGCGCCCUCCGCGCUGCGAGCGCUCGGGCAGCUCCGCAAGGCGGGCAGCAAGAUCAUCCCAGACUCUGGCCACAAGUAUUACCUGCAGUUCACAACUGAAGACUACAGAAGUGGGGAAAGUGCCGGGAGCUGCCUUGCUACAGUGUUGUAUCCGAAGAAAAAGUCUCCACCUGUUGUCAAUAUCAAGUGCAUAGAAACCAAAGACCAGAAGAAAAUCCAAGAAGAAGACAACAGACUUUACCAAAAACUUAGGCACCAAACCAAACCAAUAAUUGCAAACAAUAUUCCAGACAGCUAUGGAAAUAUUGAACCCGCUCUGGAGCCAGUGUGGGCUUUGGCUGUUGCUGGCAGCAGUUACAUAAUGUGGGAAAAAUCAACAGAGAACUUGGGUUACUCCAUGGCCCAAGUCAAGUCUGCGAAGCAGUGGAUAAGGAAAGACGAUUUUAUUGAGUUUGACUUCACUGUCCUACUCCAUGAAAUUCCAACACAGGAAAUCAUCUCAUGUCACAUGCGCCUCAUUUGGCUUCCUGGUCAUCCUCUGAAUGUGAAAUACUUUUGUGAUUCAGAGAAUCAAGGGCUUGAGGAUGGAUCUGGAAUGGAAUCUGGAUCAGCCACUGGGAUUUUACAUGAAAGGGGAGAAAAUUUUUAAUUGAGAUCGUCAGCUUUGUUAAAUGAGAAAAUCAUUCUGCUAAUAGACCUGCAGUUGGGAUAAUUUUUCUAUGCAAGUUGCACAACAGUGAAUUUGAAGCUCUCACUACUCUGUUCUGUUCCAAAUUUGAUUCCUGUAAUUUCUUAAACUGCAAGACUCAUGUUCUGGAGUUCUACCUGAAAACAUUGCUACCACAUAUAUCCACAGUACACAUACACACCCUGAUUUUAUGUCACUAACUUCCUGUUACUUAGAGUAACACAGCGUGUAAACAAAGUUAAUAUAUUUGGGUAAAAAUCUUGAGAAAAGUUAUCAAUCUGUCACUGUAUUUGUCUACUGAUUUUUUUGGAAUAGACACAUGCUGUUUUUUAAUCACAUGUCCAAUAAAACGAAUACCCUUACGCCGGGCCGAGGCUGGGUUUUCUUUCACAACGCUGCUGUCUGAUCCCAAUUUUCCACCCUCUCCCAGUCUCUGGCUUUUAAAAGGACGUGGAUAAGCAUCGGCAGGGAAAUGUCUCCCCACAAGGCCCCACCGAAGCCAGUCAGCAGCCGUGGCGUGGCCCUCGUCCUGCUGACGCACUGCAUGGCCCUAACAUAAAAACACGCUUCUUCUCUCCUAUUUGUGAAGGCAACUCAGAAAAUAUUGAUACAAGGAAAACAUGUUUUGUUGUCUCCCCACAUCCAUCACUGGUCCAGAACACCACAAGGCAGCAUUUGUCAGCUGGGAAUUGAGGCUGUCUUCUCUGUCUGCAGCACAGUUCCUGCUGUUUCCCCUUGAACGAGAACAAACCGAGCUGUAAAGCCAGGAAGGCUCUUUACAGAUGGAUUUCCACACCUGGUUUUGGCAGGAGAACAGCUGCUGCCAGAAUACCCCACCAAACAGCUCUGGCAUUAGUGACUACCGUGCCUUGUACCCAUCCUAAGCACGACAGAAUCCCACUGUAGGGACAGGUUUUUGUCUUCUCACAGCAGACCCACUGUCCUGCAGAGCUUUGUUCAAGAUUAUGCCAAACUAUCUUGAGUUUGCUACAUUUUCCCCCCCAUUAGCAAGAUUUCUGACAAGUUAAAUUAUCUCUGUAUCCAUAAGUGCACCUUCCUUAGUAAAACAGGCAACAGCCCAGCUCUCUGGGAUGGUUCUGUUCUUUUUAACUCCUGGUGUAUUGCACUAUCAUUGAUCUGUAAUCAGUAAUGACGGCUAAGGUGAGCUCAAACUGGGCGCUAUUUAGGCCGGGUGAUCUGUUCACCCCCCAGAUGCAGGCAUUUUAGACCCCUAUAUUAGUCUGAUGUACUUUUACCGACUGAGACUUUUUAUAUCAGCGC